GAUGCGUAUAAGUGUUAGUACGAUUAUUACGUCGUUAUUUGCGGCGUUCGUGCUUCAUUCCGUGUACAAUUUGUAUCUGUUAUACCGGCCACCUUCGUGCAAUGAAAAAGAUGUUUGCUACAAGUCCUUCUUGAAUUCGCAGCCAAAAUUAGAACUUUUGGUGUAUUUAUCUGAUAGCUACAAAUCGAAUGGCUAUCAAAACGUUCUGCACAUUCCAGAUUUUGAUUAUAAUGAAGCAUUCCAAAGAGAUAUAAACUUUAUAGUGCCUAAAGCAGCACAUUCAAAUCAAUCCAUCUAUAUUCACACAUUAAUAAUUCCAAAAAGACAAAUUUCAUCUGAAAUUACAUUUAAAGAAGCUGAAAGCUUGCAUGAUUCCACACAUGUUAAAAGUAAACUUACUAAACAUGCAGUCCCAGUAAGUGCUACAUUCAACUUGCUGCAAAAUGAAAAAAUACACAUCAAGUCACCGAAAGCAGUCACUCACUUAAAGACUAGAUAUGCAGUGGUGUUGUGCAAUGAUGUGGUGGGUAUUCCACACUCUGGUGUACCACUGGAGUUACUUAAGUAUUUAAGGAUUAAUCCUAAGAAGCAGUUCUUGCCCAUUGUCUCCCAAGACAUUCUACAAAGUAGAUUAAAAGACUUAGAGGAAGUCACCAAAGAGAAAAAACAAAUGAUGUUUACCUUCAUUUAUCAGCCAAUCAGUAUUGGGAAGUUUAAAUUUUUAGUACAAAUGGAGACUACUUUUGUCAAUUUUAUGGAAAUGGGCUUCACUACCAAGGAUGUAGAUGAAGUGAAAGGCGUUUUUGCUGAUACAAAUUUUUAUCUGUUGUGUGCUACCAUGACAAUAGGGUCAAUUCAUUUACUGUUUGACUUUUUAUCGUUUAAAAACGACGUUAGUUUUUGGCGAUCGCACAAAAGUAUGGCAGGAUUAUCAUCGAGAACGGUCCUAUGGAGAUGUUUCUCGCAAACAGUUGUGUUUUUCUUCCUUUUGGAUGAGGGAACGUCAUUAUUGGUACUAAUUCCGAACGGGAUAGCAAUGAUAAUUGAAUUUUGGAAGAUAACAAAAGUGUACAAAUUGAGGUUCGGCCUCAGCGGGAUAAAAGUAGAUAAAACUUACAAGGAAACUGUUGCGGAACAAACCACGAAAAAAUACGACGAUGAAUCAAUGAAGUACUUAAAUUAUUUACUGUUUCCAUUGCUUGUAUGUGCAGCGAUUUACUCUUUGAUAUACCAACCACAUAAAAGUUGGUAUUCAUGGACAAUCAAUAGUUUAGUCAACGCCGUUUACGCGUUUGGCUUCAUCUUCAUGCUACCUCAACUGUUCAUCAACUACAGACUUAAGUCAGUGGCGGCCUUGCCUUGGCGUGCAUUUACAUAUCGCGCUUUUAACACAUUUAUCGAUGACAUCUUCGCGUUUAUUAUUACAAUGCCUACUGCGCAUCGAAUCGCUUGUUUCAGGGAUGAUGUGGUCUUCCUUGUUUAUUUAUACCAAAGAUGGUUGUAUCCUGUUGAUAAGACACGUAGUGAUGAUGGUACCGAAAUGUCUGCGGAAGUUGUCCAGGAGCCACAAGAGACUAAGAAAGAUAAGUGAACUUAGUUACAUGCUAAUUAAUUUAAUUGUUAAAUCUAUUCUGGCGAAAAAAUAUACAAAGGGGUAUAAAAUUUCAAA